CGCAUUCCAGCCAGCGAUGACGCGCUUCCUGUGACGCAGAGAGAUUUUAAAACAUUGUCCUUCUCAGUAAUGGCGGCUACGUUCCCUUCGCCUUCGCUAAAUAACAAUAAAUGGUACUUCACGCGCGAACAAAUCGAAAACAGCCCUUCUCGCCGAGCGGGACUUGAUCCCGACAAAGAGCUCUCGUACCGACAGCAAGCUGCUAACCUGCUGCAGGACAUGGGACAGCGGCUCAACGUGUCACAACUCACAAUUAACACUGCCAUUGUGUAUAUGCAUCGGUUCUACAUGAUCCAGUCCUUUACCCGCUUCCACCGAAAUGUGAUUGCUCCUGCAGCUCUCUUUUUAGCUGCGAAGGUGGAGGAACAGCCCCGCAAGCUGGAGCAUGUGAUUAAGGUGACCCAUGCGUGUCUCAAUCCUCAGGACCCGUCUCCAGACACCAGGAGUGAUACAUACCUGCAACAAGCCCAAGACCUGGUCAUUCUUGAGAGCAUUAUACUCCAGACCCUGGCUUUUGAGAUCACCAUUGAUCAUCCCCAUACACAUGUUGUCAAGUGUACUCAGCUUGUGCGAGGUGAGAACCAGCUGCUCACUGUAAACUGUCCUUCGUAUUGCUCGGUAAUGAGUACUUCUAGCCCACCAAGCUCACAGAUUUCACGUCUGAUCACGAGCUUUCCUUUUGUUCCAGCGAGUAAGGAUUUGGCUCAGACCUCAUAUUUCAUGGCAACAAACAGUCUUCACUUGACUACAUUCUGCCUGCAGUACAGUCCUCCCAUUGUAGCUUGUGUUUGUAUUCAUUUGGCCUGUAAAUGGUCCAACUGGGAGAUUCCGGUUUCCACAGACGGCAAACACUGGUGGGAGUAUGUUGACCCCACAGUGACCCUUGAGCUGUUGGAUGAGCUCACUCAUGAGUUCCUGCAGAUCUUGGAGAAGACGCCCAGUCGCUUGAAACGCAUCAGAAACUGGAAAGCUGCAGGUCAAACUGCCAAGAAAUCAAAGGUGCAAGAUGGUGAAGAAGCCAUUAUGAACAUGAUCUCUAUGGCAUCGUCCGACAGCACGUUGGCCGGACUGAUGAGCCUCUCCGCCCCUCCCUCCGGUUCCUCCAUGGACUCCUCAGCAGACGACCACAGCGCUGCAGCCUCAUCCCAACACUGGCAGCCUUCCGGCAAGGAGCAGCCCAUUGCCAACGAGCUCCACGCGCCUGCUAAGGUGUCUCUGAGCGAGUAUCGGGCAAAGCACGCGGAUGAACUGGCUGCUCAGAAACAGAAGUUGGCGAACAUGGAGGCAAGCGUGAAACAGGGAUACGCCACUGCCGCACAGGCCCUCAUGAACCAGCAGAGGAAAGAGAAGCACCAUCACCACCAGCAGUCCAGCUCUGGUUCCUCAGACCUGAGCAACCCCUCAUCCAUCGUCCUGAAGAUCCCACUGGAUGAGCGAUCGGAACGCAGUUCCUUAAAGAUGCGCUUACCCGCACGGGGCCAGUCAGACGGCGGCGGGCACAGCAGCAGUGGCAGCAGUCGUGGAUCCGAGCAGGACAUUAAAGUGCGGAUUCGGGUUCCAGAAAGGCGAAGUGGGUCCGGAGAAGACGGGAAAAGUCGUGAGAAGCACAGAGAGCGGUCCAACCACCACCACCAUCAUCACCAUCACCACCACCACUCCUCCUCUUCCACCACCGGCGCUUUAUCGGCAUCGUCUUCCUCAUCCUCUGCACAAAAACACUCAAGUUCUGCCAGCACCUCAGGAAGUAGCAAAAAGGUCCCUGGUGACUCUGUGCGAACGAGCUCUUCUUCUUCGUCGUCGUCGUCUCGAAAAAGGACCCACUUGCUGGAUCCUUCAUCCGGCACCCACCCCUCGAAAGUCAGCAAAUCGUCCAGAAACUCAUUUCAGUUGUCGACGCUUCCUGGAGUGCCCUCCCACGCGAUGGGUCACGGGGCUGACAUCCUUCCCUCGCUGGGCCUCUCGCACCAUCAGGGAAACUACUCGCACUCCAAGGCGGACAAAGCCGACACGAAUGGCCACAAUACGGCCGGCCAGUCCAACGAGUAUCAGGACACAUUUGACAUGUUGAACUCGCUGCUCAGCGCGCAGGGGGUGCAGCCGGCGCAACCUCAGAUAUUUGACUAUCGCUCUCAGUACGGAGAGUACCGGUAUAGCAGUAGCGCUCGCGGAGGAACCCAGCCGCCACCUUUACCCUCAGAACCACCUCCACCUCUGCCGCCAUUGCCCAAAUAAACCCCUUCAUCCCCCUCCCCUCACUUCACCCAUCCACUUACGCUGAUCAGAACAGUCGUCUUGGGAAUCCUGGGUUCCUUUCAUGCGUCCAACUUUCUGUGAUGUUGAGUUUGACAGCAGAGUAAUGUAAGGCAAAAAAUGUACCUGUAUCGUUUUGUGUGAUUGUGUGCGAGCGAGUGUGUUCACAACACCCAUCUGUGGCAAUAAUGUUAAAAUAGAACAAAAUAUUGCAAAAAAAAAAGGCAAAAAAUGUUAUUUAUUGAAAAAAAAAUUGUACAUACUAUUUUUGAUGUCACUCAGUUUUAUAUCAGCGCUAACAGAAAAGCAUAAUGGAAUUAAGGGUAUGUAUUACUGAAUGAGAGGGACCUACUGUCCUCUUUAAAAAGUGUAACCUUGAAUGCAAAAAGGAAAAUGUUUUUGGUUUAUGUAUGGAUUUAAGUCUUGCUAACAAUAUAUGUGUCUUUUUUAUUGAUUAUGGUAUUUAUUAUUAGCCUUUUAAAACCAUAGUUAUUAGCAGUCGUUGCUUGAAUGCAUCAGGUGAUAUCUGGAUUUUAUUUUUAUACUGUUGUAACCUGCUUCACAGUCUGUCUUUACUUGAUACGUCAUGUAUGUUUUGAGAAUGAACAUACGAAUCCCCAAUAAUUGCAUCAAAAUGUAUGUUUCUAAUAUACGAGUAGUAGUAACUGAAGUAAUAUUUUGAUUUUGUUUGGUAAAUAUUUGUGGUCUUUUUUUGUUUGUAACUUUCAGCUUUGUAUUCUGUAUAUGACUGAAAAUUGACGCAAAUUAUUUUUUACAUUUUUUUCCCAAAAAACAAGAAUAUGCCUAAUUUGGGAAAGUAUGUUCGGUAGGCCUACGAUUCAGAGUCAGAUGCAGUCAUUGUUUUAAAUGGUUGUAGAAUAUCACGCUCAUUUAUAAUACACUAUACACAACAGUAUAUACCAGCUUGUACUCGUUUCAUCUUUUAUUUCUGUUUGUUAACACGAGCCCAAAUGGUGUCGGAUAUGGGCUAUUUGUCAUAUUAUGAUGUAACUGACUUGUAAAUGGCCCUUAGUCUUGAGUGAAUCUGUGAUGGACAAAAGUACAAUCUGAUAAAAACAUCUUUCCACCAAUUUUCAGUUGAACUAAUGUUUUUUUUUUUCAUGCUUCUUUGGUUGAAAGAAUGACAACAGUAUGACAUGGUGGGCCAUGCAAAUAUUGGUUAACAAACAAAUUGCAGAAAUUCAUUCUGUCUGCAUUUAUGAAUCAUUCUCAUUGAACUGGUGGUACUUCUGUCCAUCAUACCCUUUUUCACCUCAUAUUAAAGGGAUAGUUCACCCAAGUAAAACAGCCAAAACUUUAUGAUUUUCUUCAGUAGAACACAAAAGAAGAUAUUUUGUCUGUUCCAAUAAUAGUCAAUGGGGUCCACUGUUUUUCGGACCUCAUCGUUCUUCAAAAUAUCUUCAUGUUUGGAUGAGCUAUCUCUUUAAAUAUGCCGUCCAUUUUAAGAUCUGUUAGGUUUAUAUUUGUUAUCUGUCUCUGUUUAAACACUCAAAUCAGCACUUCUAGAUUGAACGAUGAGCAUGCUGACCACUCAUGUUUUUUUGUUGUAAUACCUCCAUUUUUGUUUAACAUUAAGUUGCGUUCAUGCCAUGUUGCAAUAACCGUAAUUACUAGAUUUCAACUUGUAAAAAGCAUUCGUGACCUCGUAGAGAGUGAGAGUAAGCUCUAUGACUGUCGUACCACCUUUAGGCAUUUAUAACUUUGCCACAGAAACGCAUAAUUCCCAGUCCGAGGACACGAACAGCUCUGAAUAGAAUGUCACAUGUUGUCAUUUUGAGACUAUACGGUAAUUACGACAUGGCGCGAAGGCAGCAUUACGUAUAACCGUGUCAAGGUCGUUUUGGUGUUUGGGAGUGAUAAUGAUAAGCCAUCCAAUCCUGAUUCACGAAAUCUUGCAUGAAUGCUGCAGUGAGCAUUAAAAACUGAUGGGGACUUGUAUUUUUUGAGCCAAUUGGUUUGUACCUUUAACAAUAUUGUCUCCAUAUUCAUAUCUUGCUUGAUCAUGUUUUUGUAUGCCGUUAAUAGCACAAUAAUGCAGAUUACUAAAUGGAUCAGACUGUCUGUAACUGUCCUCCUCUGAUUAAAUGGCAUGACUUUCAUUGAUCAUUUUACAGAAAAAAUUGGAAGCAUGAAAUUGAGUUUCUACUGUCAGAGUAAAUUUUACUUUAAUAAAUGUUGCGUUCCUUUAUUGA